AUGAAGGAAGUGAAAAGGAGGGGAAGGAAAGGAGGGUAGGUUAGAGGAGGAGAAAAAGAAAUACAGAGGAUAAGAGGCGGCGUUAUCCCAGAGAUUUAAAAACUCUUAGUUGUUAGGGAAUUCCAAGCCGGUCCAGCGCAAGUAGGCAGACUCAGUUCAGAUUCCUUUUCUCUAUCCUCUCAGCAGUGUGGGGGGCACAUUGUGAGAAAGGAAGGAGGCUGGGGGGGAGUUAGGCUACUCACUCAGUGCUGGCUGGAGGCAGGAUUUGUCCUCAGUGACUCUAAGGGUGGUUUUAUUGAGCAUCUUGAGCCAGUUUUCCCAUGAAGGGCUAGGGCGCAUGCUGUGAAUUACCUGUCCUCAUGGAGAAGGAAACACUAGAAAACAUUUAACCCUUUCCUAUGCACAGCACCCUACACUUUCCAGUUCUGGACAUACAAAAAGGACAGAAUCGUAGAAUCUACUGGGCCACUGAACCAUGACAUUGUGGUUGCCCUGCUGCUCAUGUUGGCACAUUCUGCUCUGCCUCUGUGCUUUUCUGGACAAAGGUGUGUGCACAUGGGUAUCCAACACUCAGUACCGAUAUUCACCAGUACUGCAACCGAAAUCCAGGGAGACUCUCUCCACACCUAGAAGGAACUGGUGUUCAGUGCCUGUGAGUCGAACAGUUUCAUGCCAAGUUCAGAAUGGCACCUUCAUGCAGAGAGUGUACCAGAAUUGCCACUGGGCAGCAGGCUGCUCAGGGGGGAGUUACAGAACAGUUGUCAGACCAACAUAUAGACUGAGCUAUAAGACAGUGACAUCGCUGGAAUGGAGAUGCUGCCCAGGAUACCGGGGAACCAACUGUGAGGAGGAUACCAUGGCCUUGGCAGAAGUACAGGAAGCUCCACGGAUCAGUGCCCCAAUUCGUAAAUUGCCUCCCAGGGCUGGGGGAAGCUUUUCAGGUUGUCUAAACUGCAGCCAAAUCCCAGAACUUAGUGAACGUUUGAGCUUUCUGGAAUCAAAGGUGAAGGCAUUUGUAGCAGUGAUCUUGGAAUCUGAUCCUUCACUGAGUGAAAAGCUUAGCUCUGACCGCACUGCUUCACUCUUGUGGGGAAACCCAGCAGCCCGGGGUAGCCCUGGGGAGGAAUCUGUAAAAGGCAUUGCUACAAGGAAAAACCCUCAGGGACCAGUUGGUGUUCCAGGGAGCUCAAGGAUGCCAGGAAUAAAAGGUCCAGCUGGGCCUCCAGGUCCCCCUGGGUCUCCAGGUCCACCGGGCCGGGAUGGCGCAGUUGGUCCCCCUGGUGAGAGAGGACCCCCUGGCCCUGCUGGCCCUUCCUCCACUGCAACACAGAGGCUAAUGGAUCAAGACUUGUUUCAGUCGAACAGAUUUAUGGAUACAUCAGGACACAUUGUACAGGGACCCAAGGGUCCUCCAGGACCAGCUGGGCCACCAGGACCCCAAGGGCAAAUUGGGCCCCCGGGACUAAGAGGUCAAAAUGGUUUACCCGGCUCCCCAGGUCAAAUUGGCUCCAAAGGAGAGAAAGGAGACAGCGGUCUGUCUGGAAAUCCAGGUGACCCAGGAACAAAGGGGGAACCUGGGACCCCAGGACAGAAAGGGGAACCCGGAGAGAAAGGCGAGCCGGUGGUCAGCCUAGCCUCCUUCCUCCAGCUACAAGAACAGCUGGAGCUGCUGGUUAGAAGGGUCACUCUGCUUGAGCACAUUAUGUGGCCAGAGACUGAUGCUGGUUCGGGAACAGGACCUACCCCCACUGGUGCCCCUGGAUUUUAUCGGGGCAGGCGCAAUGGGCCUGCACAUUACAGAUUUAUGCCCUCUGAGCAUUAUGAGGAUGAGGAGGAAAGUUUCUGAUGGCGCCAAGCUGAAAACCAUUCAGAUCUAUGCACUCUACUGAUAUCUAAGUGCCUUAAUAGUCUCUGUAACAAAAAGCUGAUGUCAGCUAUGUUUAUAGAAACAUUUUCUGUGUCCUGGGAGCAUUGCAAAUCUCAGCCAGCAUGUUAAAAGUUGCUCUACCAAUAAAUGGAACUUCCUGAUGCUUAUUUUACCAACGUGCAGUCACUGUUACCCAUAUAAUAAUAGUGGUUUUUAGUGAUGAGUGAAUCUGUCCCGUUGUGAAACAACAAGAAAAUAAGCAAAACGGCGAAAAAUCCACGAAAUGCAUUUGUAGUGAGUCUUUUUUUGUCAUCCUCGCAACUAAUUUUUCCCCUGUGAAUUUUCACGGAUGUUUCGCAAAACAAUUUCACCAAUGGCGAAAUGCGCUGUGAAUCCAGGCCUGGCGAAAAAAAUUGCUCAUCACUAGUGAUUUUACAUGCAUCCCUCUAUUCCUCUCCCAAACACUGAAACAUGAACCAGAAACUAUGUAUAAAAACAAAAUGUGAACAUGAGUCUUCUGUUUCAGUGUAAUAAUUACAGUUUUGUCCCUCUAAAUAAUUAUAAAGCCCCUCUUCAAGCAUCAGUUUACGUACAAAACUCUUAAGUAGAGUCAAAAGAAGCAGGAACAGGAAGUGAUAAAUACAGUAACACCCAUAUCAGAAACAGCAGAUUGAUACCCAUGGUGGGUGUGUGAGGAAUUGCUUAAUGUUCGUACAUACAGUAUCACACAAUCUGCCAUCCACCAUGAAAAAUAAAUACAUUUGUAUAAAUAAAACAUUUUUUACAGAAAUCCCA